UUACGUCACAGGCUCGUCCACGGUGCUCGGAGCUGCACAUUUAGCAUCCACUCACGCGCUUGCACGUUCGAGGAGACACUUUGGACGAACGCGGCUAUCAUUUGGGCAUUUUGUGAUUGCCCGUCAUUUGAUUUGCGGAAUCCUGUGUGGGGAGCCGGUGUUCUCGCGUGUGCGUGCGCGGGAGCGAGCUUGUGGAGGUGGUGCUGGCAUGCAUGGUGGUGAGUGUGUGCUAAGAGGGGCCAGCCACACCGUGUGCAUGAUGUUUGAAAGCUGAGCGCCCCUUCCAGUAUCUUACAUGACAGUACUGCUGCAGCGCAGCGCCUCGUCUAACUUGAGCUGAGCUUCACUCAGCGGCUUUUCCAUUUCUUCCUCGCCCGAAGAAGAAAAAGAGGGAGGCGUGCUGGACUGAGGGUGCAAGCGAACCAUUCCCACCCGGAUGAUAUCGGAGCUGGAGCUCGGAUGAGGUGCUCGAUCGGACUACUUUGGGUUUAGACAUCCGGGCAAAGUACCACGCCAGCCACCGCUGCUGCUUUCCCCGAUAGCAGUGAGGGCUUAGUCAGGAGAUGGCGAUGAGCUGGCUCUAUUUGGGAUUUCUCCUCAGCUUGGGGGUCAUCGCUCCGAGCCGCGCAGCCGAAGCUCCCAAAGCCGAGGAGCAAACCAGGACGUGCAGUCCCAAGCAAUUUGUGUGUAAAGACCAGAUGACCUGCAUCUCCAAAGGUUGGCGCUGCGACGGGGAGAAGGACUGUCCAGAUGGCUCCGACGAGUCGCCCGACAUCUGCUUGCACAACCGAGUGAGCAAGUGUCCCGUCAAUGAGCACGGCUGCUUGGAGGUUGACGUUUGCCUCCACAUGAGCAAACUGUGCGACGGAGUCCCCGACUGCUCCGACGGAUGGGACGAGGGCCCUCACUGCAGAGAGAGCGCGCCGGCCUGCGCCUCCCACGGCUGCCAGUUUCACUGCGCCGUGACUCACGACGGGCCCAAGUGUUACUGCCCCAGCGGCCAUGAGGUGGCUACGGAUGGCAAGACGUGUCAAGACUUCAACGAGUGCGGCGUGUACGGAACGUGCAGUCAGAGCUGCAAGAACACGGAGGGCUCCUACGUCUGCAGCUGUGUGGAGGGCUACCUGCUGCAGCCCGACAACCGCUCCUGCAAAGCCAAGAACGAACCGGUGGAUCGUCUUCCCGUGCUCUUGAUUGCCAAUCUGCAAGACAUCCGCUGCACGUCGCUGAGCGGCUCCACGUCCCGCCUGCCCUCCAUCGCCACCAAGCAGACCAUGGCCAUGGACUUUAUUUACGCCGAGCAGACGGUCUGCUGGAUCGACGUGGGGGAAACUCCGGCGGCCACGCGGCUGAAAUGCGCCGACAUCCCCGACCUCAAAAGCGUCACUAACGUCCGCACCAUCAACAUUUCCAUCACGCUCCACCACGUGGAGCAGAUGGCCAUCGACUGGUUGACGGGAAACUUCUACUUUGUGGACGAUGUGGACGACUGGGUGUUUGUCUGCAACAAGAACGGCCAGACGUGCGUGACGCUGCUGGACCAAGAGCUGUACAACCCAAAAGGCAUCGCCUUGGACCCGGCCAUGGGAAAGGUUUUCUUCACAGACUACGGCUCCACGCCAAGGGUGGAGCGUUGCGACAUGGACGGUCAGAACCGCACAAAGCUGGUGGACAGUAAGAUCGUCUUCCCCCACGGCAUCACUCUGGACCUGGUCAACCGGUUGGUGUACUGGGCCGACGCCUACCUGGACUACAUCGAAGUGGUGGACUAUGAGGGCAAGAACAGACACAGCAUCAUUCAAGGUCUUCUGAUUGAGCACCUGUACGGGCUGACUGUCUUUGAGAACUACUUGUACGCCACCAACUCGGACGAAGGCAACCUCAACCCCAAGACCAGCGUGAUCCGAGUCAACCGCUUCAACAACACCGACUUCCAGGUGGUGACGCGGGUGGACCGCGGCGCCGCGUUGCAUGUGUACCACCAGCGGCGCCAACCUCGAGUGCGUAGCCACGCGUGCGCCUUGGACCAGUUCGGGAAAGCCGGCGGUUGCUCCGAUAUCUGUCUGCUGGGCAACAGCCACAAGACGCGCACCUGCCGCUGCCGUUUCGGCUUCAGCCUGGGCAACGAUGGCAAGUCUUGUAAAAAACCAGACCACGAGCUCUUCCUGGUGUACGGGAAGGGUCGGCCCGGCAUCAUCAGGGGCAUGGAUAUGAACGCAAAAGUGCCCGACGAGUACAUGAUCCCCAUCGAGAACCUGAUGAACCCUCGAGCUUUGGAUUUUCACGCCGCCAGCGAAUUCAUCUACUUUGCCGACGCCACCAGCUACAUCAUCGGGCGACAGAAGAUAGACGGGACCGAGCGAGACACCAUACUGAAAGACGGUAUCCACACGGUGGAGGGGCUGGCCGUGGACUGGAUGGGAGGCAAUCUCUACUGGACCGACGACGGGCCGAAGAAGACCAUCAGCGUGGCCAGACUGGAAAAGGCUUCUCAGACUCGCAAGACUCUGAUCGAAGGCAAGAUGAGCCACCCGCGUGCCAUCGUGGUGGACCCCCUCAACGGGUGGAUGUACUGGACCGACUGGGAGGAGGAUCCCACUGAAAGUAACAGAGGGAAGAUCAAGAAAGCCUGGAUGGACGGAUCCAAUCAUCAAGUCUUCCUGACCAGCAAGACAGUGCUGUGGCCCAACGGCCUCAGCCUGGACAUUCCUCAGGGAAUCUUGUACUGGGUCGACGCUUACUACGACCGGAUCGAGAUGGUGUACCUCAACACCACGGAACGGAAGGUGGUGUACGAGGGCCAGGAGCUAAAUCACGCCUUCGGCUUGUGCCAUUAUAAACAAUUCCUCUUUUGGAACGAGUAUCGCGGCGGGAGCAUCUACAAACUGGACCAAGCCACCAAGACGGUCACGCUGCUCCGGAACGAGAGGCCGCCCAUCUUUGAGAUUCGGGUGUACGACGCUCACCAGCAGCAAGGUACCAAUCUGUGCCGAACCAUGAACGGGGGAUGCGGCAGCCUGUGCCUGGCCAUCCCCAACGGCCGGUCCUGCGGCUGCGCCGAUGAGCAAAUCCUGGAUGUGGAUAACGUCACCUGCAAAGGCAACCCCUCCUACGUGCCCCCGCCGCAGUGCCAGCCCGGAGAGUUUGCCUGCAACAACAACCGCUGCAUCCAAGAGCGCUGGAAAUGCGACGGCGACAACGAUUGUCUGGACAACAGCGACGAGGCCCCCGAGCUUUGCCACCAACACACGUGUCCGACGGACCGCUUUAAGUGUCAGAAUAACCGCUGCAUCCCUACGCGAUGGCUGUGCGACGGCGACAACGACUGCGGCAACAACGAGGACGAAUCCAACACCACGUGUUCCGCCCGUACGUGCCCUCCAAAUCAGUACCCAUGCGCCAGCGGCCGUUGCAUCCCCGUCUCCUGGACGUGCGACCUGGACAACGACUGCGGGGACCGCUCGGACGAGCCCGACUCAUGCGCCUAUCCCACGUGCUUCCCGCUCACCCAGUUCACCUGCGCCAACGGUCGCUGCAUCAACAUCAACUGGCGCUGCGACAACGACAACGACUGCGGCGACAAUAGCGACGAGGCGGGCUGCAGUCAUUCUUGCUCCAGCGUGCAGUUUAAAUGCAACAGCGGGCGAUGCAUCCCGGAAUAUUGGACCUGCGACGGCGAUAACGACUGCGGCGACUACAGUGACGAAACGCACGCCAACUGCACCAAUCAAGCAACUCGUCCACCGGGUGGCUGCCACGUGGACGAGUUCCAGUGUCGCAUGGACGGUUUGUGCAUCCCCAUGAGGUGGCGCUGCGACGGCGACACCGACUGCAUGGACCACAGCGACGAGAGCAACUGCGAGGGCGUCACGCACAUGUGCGACCCGGCCGUCAAGUUCAGCUGCAAGGAUUCGGCUCGAUGCAUCAGCAAGGCCUGGGUGUGCGACGGCGACAACGAUUGCGAGGACAACUCGGACGAGGUCAACUGCGACGCGCUGGUGUGCAAGUUGUCUCACCACGUGUGCGCCACCAACGACUCCAUCUGCCUUCCCGCCGAGAAGCUGUGCGACGGCACCGACGACUGUCCCGACGGCUCCGACGAGAAGCUUUGCGACCUGUGUUCGCUGGACAACGGCGGCUGCAGUCACAACUGCAGCAUCAUUCCGGGCGAGGGCUUCAUGUGUUCCUGUCCGCUGGGCAUGGAGCUCGGAGCCGACAACAAAAGCUGCCAGAUCCAGAGCUUCUGCGCCAAACAUCUGAAAUGUAGUCAAAGAUGUCAUCAGGAAAAAUCCAGCGUCAAGUGCUCCUGCUACAAGGGCUGGGAGUUGGAGGCUGACAUGGAGAGCUGCAAAAGCACCGAUCCCUUCAAGCCUUUCAUCAUCUUUUCCAACCGCCACGAGAUCCGAAGGAUUGACCUUCACAAGGGCGAGUUCAGCGUGCUGGUGCCGGGUCUCCGGAACACCAUCGCGCUGGACUUUCAUCUCAACCAAAGCACAUUGUACUGGACGGACGUGGUGGAGGACAAGAUCUACCGCGGGAAACUGUCGGACAACGGAGCUCUGACCAGCUUUGAAGUGGUGAUCCAGUACGGGCUGGCCACUCCCGAGGGCCUGGCCGUGGACUGGAUUGCGGGAAAUAUCUACUGGGUGGAGAGCAAUUUGGACCAGAUCGAGGUGGCCAAACUGGACGGGACCAUGAGAACCACGCUGCUGGCCGGGGAAGUGGAGCACCCCCGAGCCAUCGCCCUGGACCCACGAGACGGAAUUCUCUUUUGGACCGACUGGGACGCCAGCCUGCCCAGGAUCGAGGCGGCGUCCAUGAGCGGCGAGGGCAGACGCACCAUCCACCGGGAAACGGGCAGCGGCGGCUGGCCCAACGGCCUCACCGUCGAUUACAUGGAGAGACGCAUCGUCUGGAUCGACGCCAGAUCGGACGCCAUCUACUCCGCCAUGUAUGACGGGUCGGGGCUGAUCGAGGUGUUGCGGGGUCACGAGUAUCUGUCCCACCCGUUUGCCGUCACCAUGUAUGGAGGCGAAGUUUACUGGACUGACUGGAGGACCAACACCCUCGCCAAAGCCAACAAGUGGACGGGCCACAACGUGACGGUGGUCCAGCGCACCAACACGCAGCCUUUCGACUUGCAGGUCUAUCACCCGUCCAGGCAACCCCAGGCUCCCAACCCGUGUGCCGCCACCAGUGACGGCAAAGGCCCUUGCUCCCACCUCUGUCUCAUCAACUUCAACCAAACGUUCUCCUGUGCCUGUCCUCAUCUCAUGAAACUGCAAGCUGACAAACGCACCUGCAAAGAGUCGCGCAAGUUCCUUCUUUACGCGCGUCAGAUCGAGAUCCGGGGCGUGGACAUCGACAACCCCUACUACAACUACAUCAUCUCCUUCACCGUACCCGACAUCGACAAUGUGACUGCGGUGGACUACGACGCGGUGGAGCAUCGCAUCUACUGGUCGGAUGUGCGAACGCAGACCAUCAAACGAGCCUUCAUCAACGGCACGGGCGUGGAAACGGUCGUCUCUGCGGACCUUCCGAACGCUCACGGGCUGGCGGUGGACUGGGUGUCCAGGAACCUUUUCUGGACCAGCUACGACGCCAAUAAGAAGCAGAUUAACGUGGCCCGGCUGGACGGUUCUUUUAAGAAUGCUGUCAUCCAGGGUCUGGACAAGCCUCAUUGUCUGGUGCUGCAUCCUCAACUAGGGAAGUUGUACUGGACCGAUGGUGACAACAUCAGCAUGUCCAACAUGGACGGCACCAACUACACUAUGCUCUUUGUCAACCAGAAGGGACCAGUUGGCCUCUCCAUCGACUAUGACAAAGAGCAGCUGUACUGGAUCAGCUCAGGGAACGGCACCAUUAAUCGCUGCGGGCUGGACGGCUCUAAUCUAGAAAUCUUGGAUGGCGUUAAAGGACAACUCAGCAAGGCCACCGCUUUGGCCAUCAUGGGAGACAAGCUUUGGUGGGCCGACCAGGCCACUGACCAGAUUGGAACCUGCGACAAGAAAGAUGGCGGCAACUGGAAAGUUUUAAGGAACAACACCUCUCCCAUGAUGCACAUGACCAUCUACGACGAGGACGUACAGAAAGCGAGCGUCAAUCUGUGCAGUAACAACAACGGCGAUUGUUCCCAGCUGUGUCUGCCCACCUCACCCACCAGCAGGGCCUGCAUGUGCACGGCCGGCUAUAGUCUGAAGACAGGACAGCAGUCGUGUGAAGGCAUGGGUUCUUUCCUGCUUUAUUCGGUCCACGAGGGAAUCCGAGGAAUUCCGCUGGACCCUGCCGACAAAUCUGACGCCUUGGUGCCAGUGUCCGGCACCUCACUGGCCGUGGGCAUCGACUUCCACGCCGAGAACGACACCAUCUACUGGGUAGACAUGGGCCUGAGCACCAUCAGCAGAGCCAAGCGGGAUCAAACGUGGCGAGAAGACGUGGUGACCAAUGGCAUCGGCAGAGUGGAGGGCAUUACGGUUGACUGGAUCGCAGGAAACAUUUACUGGACGGACCAGGGCUUCGACGUCAUCGAGGUGGCCAGGCUGAACGGCUCCUUCCGCUAUGUGGUGAUUUCCCAGGGCCUGGACAAGCCCCGAGCCAUCACCGUCCACCCGGUGAAAGGGUAUCUGUUCUGGACCGAAUGGGGUCAGUACCCGCGUAUCGAGCGCUCUCGUCUGGACGGCUCCGAGAGGUUGGUCCUGGUGAACGCCAGCAUCAGUUGGCCCAAUGGAAUCUCCGUCGACUACACGGAGGGGCUCUUGUAUUGGUGCGACGCCAGGACUGACAAGAUUGAGCGCAUCGACCUGGAGACGGGAGAGAAUCGAGAAUUGGUGCUGGUCAGCAACAACAUGGAUAUGUUUGCCAUUUCUGUUUUUGAGGAGUACAUCUACUGGAGCGACAGGACUCACGCCAACGGCUCCAUUAAACGAGGCAGUAAAGACAACGCCACAGACGCGGUCCAACUCAGGACCGGAAUUGGCGUCCAACUGAAAGAUAUCAAAGUGUUCAACAGGGCCCGGCAGCAAGGCACCAACAUCUGCAAACAUAACAACGGCGACUGCGAGCAACUCUGCCUUUACCGCGGCAACGGGCAGCACACCUGCGCCUGCGCUCACGGCAUGCUGGCCGAGGACAACCGCGGCUGCCGCGAUUACGACGGCUACCUCCUCUACUCGGAACGUACCAUUCUCAAGAGCAUCCACCUCUCGGACGAGACGAACUUAAACGCGCCCAUCAAGCCUUUUGAAGACCCGGACCAUAUGAAGAACGUCAUCGCUCUGAGCUUUGACUACCACGGUGGCGGCGGGAAGGGCGCCAACCGCAUUUUCUUCAGCGACAUUCACUUCGGCAAUAUCCAGCAGAUCAACGACGACGGCACCGACCGCAAGAUUGUGGUGGAUAAUGUGGGUUCGGUGGAGGGCCUGGCCUACCACCGCGGUUGGGAUACGCUCUACUGGACCAGUUACACCACCUCCACCAUCACUCGCCACACUGUAGACCAGAGCCGCUCCGUGGCCUACAACCGCAACACGGUGGUCACCAUGUCUGGAGAGGACCACCCCCGAGCCUUUGUGCUGGAUGAGUGUCAGGAUCUGAUGUUCUGGACAAACUGGAACGAGCAGACUCCCAGCAUCAUGAGGGCUUCCCUGAACGGCGCCAACGUGCUGGCCAUCAUCGGCAGCGAUAUUAAAACUCCCAACGGCCUGGCCAUCGAUCACCGAGCCGAGAAGCUCUACUUCUCCGACGCCACUUUGGACAAGAUCGAGCGCUGCGAAUACGACGGGAGCAGCCGAUACGUUUUGUUGAAAAACGAGCCCGUGCAUCCGUUCGGCCUGGCCGUGUACGGGGACUUCAUCUUCUGGACGGAUUGGGUGAGGAGGGCGGUCCUUCGAGCCGACAAGUACACGGGCGGCGACAUGAAAGUGCUCCGGGCCGACAUCCCGCAGCAGCCAAUGGGAAUCGUCGCCGUGGCCAACGACACCAACAGCUGUGAGUUCUCCCCUUGCCGCACAAAUAACGGAGGCUGCCAAGACCUGUGCCUGCCCACGUCUGACGGGAGGGUGAACUGCAGUUGCCGCGGAGACAGACGACUUCUGGAAGACAACACCUGCUCCCUAGCGCUGAAUGUGACUUGCGGGAGCGUGGACGACUUUGAGUGCGGGAACGGCGACUGCAUCAACUACAGCCUGACCUGUGACGGCAUGGCCCACUGCAAGGACAAGUCGGAUGAGAAGCAGUCCUACUGCGCCAAUCGCAUUUGUAAGAAAGGCUACAGGCGCUGCAUGAACGGUCGCUGCAUCGGUCACCAGUUCUGGUGCGACGGCACAGACGACUGCGGCGACCACUCGGAUGAAAUGCCUUGCAACGUGACCCUGUGCAAAACCGGCGAGUUCCAGUGCAAAGACGGCAGCUGCAUCUCCAACUUCAGCCGCUGCGACCAGGUGGUCAACUGCGAGGACGCCAGCGAUGAAAUGAACUGCCAGGCCACCGACUGCUCGCGCUUCUUCCGGCUGGGCGUGAAAGGCGCUUCCUUCCAGAGCUGCGAGAAAACCACCCUCUGCUAUCUUCCGGCGUGGCUGUGCGACGGCAACAACGACUGCGGCGACUUCUCCGACGAGAGGAACUGCCCGGAUAAACGCAAGCUGAAAUGUCCGGUCAACUUCUUUGCUUGCCCGAGCGGCCGCUGCAUCCCCAUGAGCUGGACUUGCGACAAAGAAAACGACUGCGAGAACGGAGCGGACGAGACGCACUGCGACAAAUUUUGCACAUCCAGCCAAUUUGAAUGUGGAAACCACCGCUGCAUUUCCAGCCAUUGGGUGUGCGACGGUUCCGACGACUGCGGCGACGGAUCGGACGAGGACGACAAAUGCAAAUCCAAGACGUGCAGCCCCGAAGCCUUCCAGUGUCCCGGCUCGCACAUGUGCGUGCCGCAGCGCUGGAAGUGCGACGGAGACAAGGACUGUCCCGACGGAGCCGACGAGAGCGUCAAGGCCGGAUGCCUGCACACCAACGGCACGUGUGACGACAACGAGUUCAUGUGCCAGAACAGGCAGUGCAUUCCCAAGCACUUUGUGUGCGACCACGACAUCGACUGCGCCGACGGCUCCGACGAGUCUCCCGAAUGCGAAUAUCCGACGUGCGGCCCCGACGAGUUCCGCUGCGCCAACGGCCGCUGCCUCAACCAGAAGAAAUGGGAGUGCGAUGGCGAGUUUGACUGUCAAGAUCACUCGGACGAAGCUCCCAAGAACCCGCGCUGCACCGACUCAGAGAGGACGUGCAACGAAUCGGCCUUCACGUGCCGCAACGGAAAUUGCUUGAACGAGACUCUGCUGUGCGACCGCAACGACGACUGCGGCGACGGCUCCGACGAACUCAACUGCUUCAUCAACGAGUGUCUCAACAGUAAACUGAGCGGCUGCUCGCAACUCUGCGAUGACCUCAAGAUCGGCUACAAGUGCAGGUGCCAUCCCGGUUUCCAGCUGAAGCGGGACGGCAAGACGUGCGUGGAUGUGGACGAGUGCACCAGCAGCUACCCUUGCACUCAGCGCUGCAUCAACACCCACGGCAGCUUCCACUGUCUCUGCGUGGAUGGAUUCGAACUCAGCCCCAACGAUCCCACCAUCUGUAAAUCCACGUCAGAGGAGGAGGCCUAUUUGAUCUUUGCUAACCGCUACUACCUGCGAAAGCUCAACCUGGACGGUUCCAACUACACUCUUAUCAAGCAGGGACUGAAUAACGCCGUGGCGCUGGACUUCCAUUACGCCGAGCAAAUGAUCUACUGGACCGACGUCACCACUCAGGGCAGCAUGAUCCGACGUAUGCGGAUGAACGGCAGCAACAUGGAGGUGCUUCACCGGACCUCUCUGAGCAACCCGGACGGCGUGGCUGUGGAUUGGGUGGGCGGCAACUUGUACUGGUGCGACAAAGGCCGGGACACCAUCGAGGUGUCCAAACUGAACGGAGCCUACCGGACGGUGCUGGUCAACAGCGGGCUGAGGGAACCUCGCGCCGUGGCAGUGGAUGUGCGCUACGGGUACCUGUACUGGUCCGACUGGGGCGACAACCCCCAUAUUGGGAGGAUCGGCAUGGACGGUAGCAACAGGAGCGUGCUGAUACAAGAUAAGAUCACGUGGCCCAACGGUCUGACCUUGGACUUUAUCAACGACCGCAUAUACUGGGCAGACGCCAGGGAGGAUUACAUCGAGUUUGCCAGUUUGGACGGCACCAGCAGACACACAGUUCUCAGCCAAGACAUCCCACAUAUCUUUGCCAUGACGCUGUUUGAGGAAUACAUCUACUGGACUGACUGGGAGACCAAGUCCAUCAACAGAGCUCACAAGACUCGGGGGACCAACAAGACCACCCUCAUCAGCACCCUACAUCGGCCCAUGGAUGUCCACAUUUACCACCCCUAUCGCCAGCCUCCGGUGAGCAAUCACCCGUGCCAGACGGACAACGGCGGCUGCAGCAACCUGUGCCUGCUCUCGCCCGGCGGGGGCUACAAAUGCGCCUGCCCCACCAACUUCUACCUUGCCAGCGACCAGCGGACGUGCAUGUCCAACUGCACGGCUAGCCAGUUUGUCUGCAAGAACGACAAGUGCAUUCCGUUUUGGUGGAAAUGUGACACGGAGGACGAUUGCGGCGACCGCUCGGACGAGCCGGACGACUGUUCCGAGUUCAAGUGUCGACCGGGCCAGUUCCAGUGCGGCACGGGGAUCUGCACCAACCCGGCGUACAUAUGCGACGGAGACAACGACUGUCAGGAUCAUUCGGACGAGGCCAACUGCGAUAUUCACGUUUGCCUGCCCAGCCAGUUCAAAUGUUCCCACCCGAGUCGCUGCAUCCCCGGAAUCUUCCGCUGCAACGGCCAAGACAACUGCGGCGAAGGAGAGGACGAGAAGGACUGCCCUGAGGUCACGUGCGCACCCACCCAGUUCCAGUGCGCCGUCACCAAACGCUGUAUUCCUCGCGUCUGGGUGUGCGACCGCGACAACGACUGCGUGGACGGUUCGGAUGAACCCGCCAACUGCACCCAGAUGACCUGCGGCGUGGACGAGUUCCGCUGUAAAGACUCCGGGCGCUGCAUCCCGGCCCGCUGGAAGUGCGACGGCGAGGACGACUGCGGCGAUGCUUCCGACGAGCCCAAGGAGGAGUGCGCCGAGAGGACGUGCGAGCCGUACCAGUUCCGCUGCAAAAACAACCGCUGCGUCCCGGGCCGCUGGCAGUGCGACUACGACAACGACUGCGGCGACAACUCGGAUGAAGACAAAUGCGUGCCUCGGCAGUGCUCGGAAAGCGAGUUCGCCUGCACCAACGGCCGCUGCAUCGCCGGCCGGUGGAAGUGCGACGGAGACCACGACUGCGCCGAUGGAUCCGAUGAGGAUGGCUGCGAUGUCAAGUGUGACAACGACCAGUUCCAGUGCAAGAACGGCCACUGUAUUUCCAUUCGCUGGCGAUGUGACGCCGACCCGGACUGCAUGGACGGCAGCGAUGAGGAGAACUGCCACACUUCCGCUGGCCGUCACUGUCCUUCGGAUGAAUUCCAGUGCAACAACACCCUGUGCAAACCUCUCGGCUGGAAGUGUGACGGAGAGGAUGACUGUGGAGACAACUCGGAUGAGAAUGCGGAAGAAUGCAGGAAGUUCCAGUGUCCUCCCACCAGAGCGUUCCGCUGCCAAAACGACCGCGUAUGUCUCCAGAUGACAAAGAGAUGCGACGGCAUCGACCACUGCGGCGACAAAUCGGACGAACGGGAUUGCCAAGUCCAUCCGGCACUUCCCGCUUGCGAGAAAGACCAGUUCUUGUGCGCCAACGGAAAGUGCAUCAGCGCCACUCUGAGAUGCAACGUCUUUAACGACUGCGAGGACUACGGCUCCGACGAGAUCAACUGCAAAUCUGAGAGCAAGCUCAACGACUGCAGGAGCAACAGGACUCAGUGCGGCGACGGCGACGAGGCCCACUGCGUCACCAACGGCACCGACGCCUUCUGCUCCUGUAAAGCGGGCUUCAGCAAGAUCGGCCAUCGCACGUGUGGAGACACAAACGAGUGUCUCGAGUUCGGAGCGUGUUCCCACGUGUGCAACAACACCAAGGGCUCGUACAAAUGCAGCUGCCACAAGCACUUCACCAAGAUCAACGACAACUGCAAAGCUGACAACAUGAACAGCAGUCAGCAGGUCCUCUACAUAGCCGACGACAACGAAAUCCGCAGCCUGGACCCGGGCAUGCCCGACUGGCGCUACGAGCAGACCUUCCAAGGGGACGCCAGCGUGCGCAUCGAUGCCAUGGACCUGCACGUCAAGACCAACCGCGUCUUCUGGACCAACUGGCACACGGGGCGCAUCUCCUCCUACGAACUUCCCGGGCAGUCCACCUUGUCGGCCAACUCCCACCGCAACAAGCGGCAGAGCGCCGGAAGGAUCACCAACCUGCAGAUUAAAGAGCUGAAGAUGCCUCGGGGAAUAGCCGUGGACUGGGUGGCCGGUAACCUGUACUGGACCGACUCCGGUCGAGAUGUCAUCGAGGUGGCUCAGAUGUCAGGCCGCCAUUGCAAGACUCUCAUCUCGGGCAUGAUAGACGAGCCCUACGCCAUCGUGGUGGAUCCGCAGAGAGGCACCAUGUACUGGGCGGACUGGGGGAACCAUCCCAAAAUUGAGACAGCCGCCAUGGAUGGAACGCUGCGACAGACCCUGGUCCACGAGAACAUCCAAUGGCCGACAGGUUUGGCGGUGGACUACUUCAACGAGCGUCUUUACUGGGCCGACGCAAAGCUGUCGCUCAUCGGAAGCGUUCGUCUGGAUGGCUCCGAUUCCGUCGUAGCCGCUUCCGGCGUCAAAAACAACCUGGCCCACCCGUUUAGCAUCGAUAUCUUUGAGGACUACAUCUACGGAGUCACCUUAGUCAAUAACGUUGUUUUCCGGGUCAACAAAUUUGGGAAAGGCCCCAUGGAGACGCUCACCACGGGCAUCAACCACGCCACUGACAUCGUUUUGUACCACCGCUACAAGCAGCCGGAGAUGACCAACCCAUGUGACAGGAAGAAGUGCGAGUGGCUCUGUCUGCUCAGCCCCAGCGGACCGGUGUGCACCUGCCCCAACAACUUCAUCGCCGACAACGGCACGUGUGUGGAGAGGUCCGGCCCGACCCAGUCGCCCUUCUCGCCCCCCUCAGGCCCUUGCGACAUUCAGUGUCAGAACGGAGGAAGCUGCUUCCUCAACGCCCGACAGGUGGCCAAAUGUCGCUGCCAGCCCAGCUACACCGGUGAGAGAUGCCAGAUCAACCAGUGCCGGGACUACUGCAAGAAUGGAGGAACCUGCACCGCAUCUCAUACAGGUGCUCCGACGUGCAGAUGCCCAAAAGGCUUCACGGGGCCCAAGUGCGACCGUCACACUUGUCAGAACUACUGCCAGAACGGCGGCAACUGCUCGGUCAACCCGGGCAAUCAGCCGACCUGCAGCUGCCCCACCGAAUACCGCGGCGAUCAGUGCCAGUACAGUAAAUGCGAAGGCUAUUGCGAGAACGGCGGAACGUGCUUGCAAACGUCCAACGGCACCAAAACGUGUCAGUGCUCCAGUCAGUACGUCGGACAGCAAUGCGAGCUGGACAAAUGUGUCUUCUGUGGCACGGGUAGCUGUCUGACGUCCUCUUCGGGACAAGUCUCUUGCAGCUGCCCCAACGGUCAGACCCAACCCAGCUGCUAUACCUGCUUGGACUACUGCUCCAAUGGCCAAUGUAGCGUCGAUACUCGCACGCUACUCCCCCAGUGCAAGUGCCCCGCAGCAUGGAGAGGUUACAGGUGUGAAAUUGCUUCUUCGGUGGAUUCCUCGGUGUCUGGCGGAAGAACGGCCUCAGUGGUGGUCCCCGUGCUUCUGCUGCUCUUACUGGCACUGCUGGCGGUUGGCGCCAUCGUGUGGUACAAGAGGAGAAUGCGAGGCGCUAAGGGCUUCCAGCACCACAGGAUGACCAACGGCGCCAUGAACGUGGAGAUCGGCAAUCCCGCCUACAAAAUCUACGAGGGAGACCCUGACGAUGACGCUGGCGAGCUCCUGGAUUCAGACUUUGCUUUGGACCCGGAGAAACCCACCAACUUUACCAACCCCGUGUACGCCAGCCUCUACAUGGGCGCCCACAACAGCAACAACUCCCUGGCCAGCACGGAUGAAAAGAAGGAGCUCCUUUCCCAGGGCGACGAGAGCAUGAGCGACCCCCUGGCGUAGAGAAAAAUCAGGAACACUGUAUAAAAUGUAUAAAAUGAAGGACUACUUUUUUAAGUGAUUGCAGUAUUAUAUUUUGUUCUUUGACACCAACCAACAAAUCUUCCCAUGUGGAAAAGAGGAACCCUUUCAUCCACUUUUCUUCCUUUAUUUUCCAUUUCUUCUCUCACGUUUGCUCUCCGCUAAAGGAAAAGAAGGAGCAAAUUGCCGUGGAACAUUUCUGACUAUUAUUUUUGUACGAAUGCGGGCAAAGAGCGAAACAUUUCCGCUGUGGAUGAAAAGACGUGCGUGUCGCUUUCACGUCCAACAUGUUUUGUUUUUGCAUCUGAGCUCAACAUUCAAGUCUUUUAUGUCACAACAGUUCCAUAUAUUUGCAUCUAGACCAGAUAUAGUGAUAUAGAUAUAUAUACGUAUAUACUUGCAAAGCUAUUAACAAAGUGUACCCGGGAACAUUUGUAACAAUUCACGUGUGAGUGAAUGAGUGAAUGAGUGCUGAUGAUUGUAACGUUCCAGGAUGAGACAUCUGGAAUCAACACUGUGGCCUUGGAUUACUGUAAGAGGCAAUUUAUGUUCUAGAAGGUGACAACAGACUUACCAUAUGUUAAAACACACACAAUCAUUUUGUGACAAUUGUUGACUUUUUUGCUUUUAUUCCUUCUGUGUUGACCGCAACUGUUUUCUGAGGAAAGGCCAGCCAGGGUUACCAUUGGAUGUUUGUUUUUUUUCCUCAUCAUUACGUGUAAUUAAUUCGGGUCCUCGUUCAUUCCCAGGAUGUAGCUUCCCGAUAAGCAUUCCUUUUGUUCGAGCCUUCGGCGCGCUGCUAAUGCUAACCAUCUGUCUGGAGAAUGUUCGCGCUGCUUCGAUUGCGGGGCCCUGAAUUUGUCAGACAAAUGUGGAAAGCCUUCGUUUAACAGUGUUCUCAUUUUUCUUUUUUUCUUUUUUAACAUCUGAACAUGUCAAUCAGAACAAUCAUUGAGUUGGAAAAGUGUAUUUGUUAGCAGAAACCCACUUGGAUCUGUGUGGUUCUGAUUGUUUUUAUGAUUCUCUUUCUUUUUGAUAUAAGAAAUUAAAUGGAUUUUUAUAGUAGAACUGUA